AUGGAUCUCCCUAAAUUGAUGAUGUAUGCCCAGCAAAUUGAGGCAGAGAAGAUGAGGGAAAGAGAGGAAGUAAAUAAAAAGGCUAAAAUAGGGCAGUUUCAUUAUCGUCAGAAUAGGUCUAAAGGAGGAAAUCGUUCGCAACACAGCUAUCCUCAGUGUGCUAGGUGUGGUAAGAAUCAUCCUGGCGAGUAUUUAGCUGGAUGGAGGGGUUUUUAUGGUUGUGGAAAGCUGGGUCAUAAAAUUAAUGAGUACUCGCAUGCUAGACAGAGAAACAAGGAUGUUCAUGCUCAAACUCAGGCUAUUAGUGGACCAGCUCCUUUAGGUCGCCCAGCUCCUCGUCAGGACGUAUCAUCCAGUACAGAUGGCUGUCAGCACCAGAAUUAG